AUGGAGAGCAGCACGCUGCGCCGGCGGCAUACCGCCCAGCAGGCGAGUAUGUCGCUGAAUGUGCCAUAUACGGAGCCACCGAAGCCCGCGAAGCCGCCCGCAAGUCUGCGGCGCAGCUGGCUUGUGGCGCCGCUCCUGUUUGUCGCCGCGCUGCUUGUGCGUGUCUUCCAGCUCGCGAGUCCGGCCGAGGUCGUGUUUGACGAGGUGCACUUUGGCAAGUUUGCCGCGUACUAUGUGACGCGUCGCUACUUUUUCGACGUGCACCCCCCCCUGGCCAAGCUGAUUGUCGCUCUCGGCGCGUGGCUCGCCGGCUUUGACGGCAGCUUUGAGUUUGACUCGAUCGGCGAUGCGUACGCCGGCACGUCGGUGCCCUUCCGCGAGAUGCGUGCGUUUACCGCUGUGAUUGGCGCGCUUCAGAUCCCUCUGGUGUACGAAAUGAUGCGCGAGGUCGGCGCGCCGCUGUCGACCGGCGUGCUCUGUGCGUUGCUUGUGAUGCUCGACAAUGCGCACGUCGCGCAGACGCGUCUCAUCCUGCUCGACGCGCCGCUCGUGCUCUUUAUGCUCUGCAGCAUCUACUGCUACAUCCGCUUCUACCGCAUGCGCUACCAGGAGUUUUCGUUUGCGUGGUGGGCGUGGCUGUGUGCGACGGGCGUGUGCCUCGCGCUGACGGUCUCGUGCAAGCUGGUCGGCGUAUUUGGUUUCCUGACGGUGGGCGGCGCGGUGAUUUGGGAUCUGUGGAACCUGCUGGACAUCCGCCGCGGCGUGCCGAUCCGCAAGUUUGCCAAGCACUUUUGCGCGCGUGCGCUCUUUCUCAUCAUGGUCCCCAUCUUUGUGUACCUCGGGUGGUUCUGGGUGCACUUUGCGAUCCUGACCAAGACCGGCCCGGGCGACACGUUCAUGUCGGCGGAAUUCCAGCAGACGCUGCGAGGCAACGAGCUGCUGGAGCAUUCCAUCGAGCUGCACGCCUUUGACUCGAUCUCGCUCAAGCACCGCGGCACGAAUGCCUUUUUGCACUCGCACCCCGAGCGUUAUCCCCACAAGUACGACGACGGGCGCAUCUCGAGCGACGGGCAGCAGGUCACCGGCUAUCCCCACGAAGAUAGCAACAACUUUUGGCAGAUCAUGCCGGUGGGCCAGGUGGACGACGACGACGGGUUCUUUAACAUCACGCGCCGCCUCUUGCGCCACAAGCAGCACAUCCGCCUCUUACACGUCAACUCAAACUCGUACCUGCUCGCGCAUGACGUCGCGGCGCCGCUCAUGCCGACGAACGAGGAGAUCACGACGUUCCCUGCCGCCGAGCUCGACGCGGACCAAGAGGCGAAGGACAAUACCGUGUUUGAGCUGCACAUUGACGGCGGCAUCGAAGGCGAGACGACGUGGCAUAGCCGCCGCUCGUGGACGCGCCUGAUCCACGUUCCGACGCGCGUCGCAGUGUGGACCUAUCCCUCCGGCGAGCUGCCCGAGUGGGGCUUCCGGCAGCUCGAAGUGAACGGCAACAAGAACGCGCUCGACAGGACGGCCGUGUGGGUCGUGGACGACGUGAAGCACGACCCAAAGUCGCCCAUGUUCAACCUGCGUUCGCGCCCGCAGCCGCCGCGCCCGCUGCAGACGCUGCCCUUCUUCCAGAAGUUUGCCGAGCUGCAGAGCACGAUGCUCGAGCAGAACGCCAAGCUCACGCAGACGCACCCCUACUCGUCACGCCCCAUCUCCUGGCCUUUUCUCGUGCAAGGCGUGUCGUACUGGUCGACGGACAAGGAGAAGCGCCAAAUCUUUUUCAUCGGCAAUCCGUUCAGCUGGUGGGGUGGCAUUAUUGGCAUCAGCAUGUUCCUCGCCGUGUUCCUCAUGGACCUCGUGCUGCGCCGCCGCGGCAUCUACCAAAUUCCCCACGCGGUGCGCGAGCGCUACCUGCGCACGACGGGCUUCUUUGCAUUUGCAUGGGCGUGCCACUAUCUGCCCUUCUUUCUGAUGGGCCGCCAGCUCUUUUUGCACCACUACCUCCCCGCGCACAUCCUCGCGGUGAUGGUGCUCGGAGGGAUGCUCGACUUCUUUACGUCCUACUCGAUCAAUUACCCUCUGAGCCGCGCCGGUCCUGCGCUCACGCCUGACCGCCUGCGGCCCACGCUGCGCCGCAACGACAAGUGGGCGCCGGCGCUGAUUGCCGCUCUCAUGUCGGCGGUCGCUGCCGCACUAUUUGUGUACAUUGCGCCCUUUACCUACGGCCACCGCGGCUUGACGCCGGAACAGGUAGCCGCACGCAAGUUUGGCGCGGAUUGGCAGCUGCAGUUUGCUAAAUAG